AUGCCCAACAGCACGGGAGACAAAUUUAAACCUAGCUCUUAUAUUCCCGUAUCGACAGCUGCUGGUCUUCUCGUGGGCUCUUCAACACUCUUCUUCGUAUUCACGUGCCCCUGGCUGGCAGAGAAUAUCUCACUCAGUUUUCCACUAUGCAUUGGCAUCACUUUUCUCUUUGUCAUUGCAAACUUCACCAUGGCAACAUUCAUGGAUGCCGGAGUGCUUCCAAGGGCCAGUAUGGAUGAAGAUAAGGAUGAAGAUGACUUCCAUGCACCUCUGUACAAGAAUGUGGAGGUGAGGAGUGUUCAGGUGCGGAUGAAGUGGUGCACGUCCUGCCACUUCUACAGACCACCACGCUGCUCACACUGCAGUGUGUGUGACCACUGUGUGGAGGAUUUUGACCAUCAUUGCCCCUGGGUGAACAACUGCAUUGGAAAGCGGAACUAUCGAUACUUUUUCCUGUUUUUGCUGUCCCUCAGCGUGCACAUAGCUGCUGUCUUUACUGGAGGCCUGUUCUAUGUCUUGGAUCAUGUGGAGAAUCUGUGGGAGCUGCAUGCAAGUGUUACUCUUGUUGUCAUGAGUAUGUCAGGCUUAUUACUCCUUCCUGUAUUGGGCUUGGCUUGCUUCCAUUUGGUUCUAGUGACCAGGGGGCGCACAACCAAUGAGCAGGUGACAGGGAAGUUCCAAGGCAGUGUCAAUCCAUUUACACGUGGUUGCUGUGGCAAUGUGGAAUAUGUCCUUUGCCGUCCUAUCACUCCCAGGUAUACUGGACAGUUUACUAAGAGAUUGUCUAUUCGAAUACAACCCCCGUUCCUGAGGCCAGACUGCAAUAAACUGACAUCUAUAAACAUCAGAGACAAUGCAAUCCAGGGCAAAAUACUUCCCACUGAGUAUCAGUUUACAGGAGGCUUGGAUGUGAUAGACAGUAAAGAACUAAGCAACCCACCUCCACUGCCUCCAAAACCUGACCCUGUCCUACUGAAAAGCCAUUUGGCAGCCCUAGAAGAGAGCUUGCUGUGCUCUAAGACUGCAAUGUCUUCAGGUCUGGACAGGAGUGAAGAUCACCCAGCUGUAGAGUCAAUUGAGAAAACACAUUACCAAGUGCCAAGAGAACAGAUUGGAAAGAUGAAUAACCCUCAACUGAGUGAUAGAUUCCAGGACCAGUCCUCUGAGACCUGUCUGAACCAGCUUAGACCCCCAGCUCAGCUGGCCAUGCAAACCAUCUCACAGCAGACAAACUCCCUUACGCUGUCGUCCCGGUCCCUUAGUCUCAGAUAUGCCCAUUGCAGAGGAGACAAAACCCAGCUCCCCAGUCCACAUGCAGAGGGAACUACCACUGUCUCAUCCCAGAGUAUCCUCUCCCCCAGUGCCCUUACUGGUUGUGGAGGCAGCCUCUCAUAUGACAACCUGUUGAAUCCUGGAGAUGUGGUCCAGCAUGGGGGUCGACUUAUUGGCUACCAAAGGCCUUUCCUUUCCCUUGACCUAGGCCUGGCACGGGUUCCUGACUUACAGCGCCAGCCUCCCAACAUUUGUGGCCCUGCGUUCAUGGGCAUCAACAGGCAAUCCCCCCAACCACGGGAGCACUCUCCCAUGCGCUACGACAACCUCUCAAAAGCAAUCAUGUCCUCCAUUCAGGAGCGCAGAGAGCUGGAGGACAGGGAGAAGUUGUUAAUCCUGCAGGACCACUCUCAGACCACAAUAACCCCAGACUCAGGGAUCUAUGACAUGCCCAACCGACGCAGUCUGCCCCCAGAGCUACGGCCACCGGCAUCUCGUGGCCUGACUCCUCCUGCAUAUGGCUCGCGGGAGUUUCUCAUGAGCAGCGCUGCGUACGGUUACGGGAGUAGGACAGGCCUGUCAUGCUCCUCACUGACCCGUGCCCCCAGGACCUCCAAUUCCCCAUUACAGGCAAACACAGGCAGCAGCAAGCAGGGCAGGUCACUGUCACCAUCUUACAAUUCUUUAGACCGCCAGCCUCAGCGCUCCUCCCUGGCCAUGCCCACCUCCUCAUAUGCCAACCACAGAGCCCUGGCAUUCAUCACUACCUCAGAGAAAAAAGACACAGAACAGCUUGAGGCCCCAAAGUGUGAAUCCUGA